UUUUCUGCUUUGCCUCCAUUCCUCGUCCGCCUCCGCCACCGCCUCCGCCUCCGCCACCGCCUCCGCCUCCUCUCUCUCUCUUCUCUCUCUCCUCAAUUCCUAACCUAAUUUCACCUCCAAAUCCCUAACUCCUAACUCCUCUAACUCUAGAGAGAGACCCAUCUCACUAGAAUCACCACUAAUCCUCUCUCUAGGUUGUUCAUGCCGAUUGCCACCUGCAAAAGCCUCUAACUUUGGAGUUAGGAUAGAUAGAUAGAGAGAGAGAGAGGAGUGGGGGGAGGAGGAGAGAGAAAGCUGGUCGGAGACUAAUAUUUUCAGGCACCAGAAAAUGAAUCCGGCUGGUAAUUUGGCCGGAAAAUUUGGAGAUACCACUUACACUAAGGUCUUUGUGGGGGGCUUGGCAUGGGAGACACAGAGAGAAACCAUGAGGAAAUAUUUUGAACAGUUUGGGGAGAUUCUUGAGGCAGUUGUGAUAACUGAUAAGAAUACAGGAAGAUCCAAGGGCUAUGGCUUUGUAACUUUUAGGGAACCAGAGGCAGCCAUGAGAGCUUGUGUGGAUGCUACACCAGUGAUCGAUGGGAGGAGGGCUAAUUGCAACCUUGCUUCUUUGGGUGUUCAAAGAUCCAGACCUUCGACCCCACAACAUGGUGGGAGUCGUGUGAGGAUGAUGAACACGACGACGUUGGGAAGUGGCGUCCAAGGCACAGCAGCGACACCUUUCCCUUCCCCACCCACCUUCCCCCCUCAUUAUUUCCAACAACCCCCCUACCCUUAUAACCUCAGCCUCUAUGGGUAUUCUCAUUACUCACCGGACUACACCUACACAACGAACGGGGAACUUUUGCAGAGUUACUAUAAUGUGUAUGGAGGAGCAACAGCACAAUAUCCAUUCUAUGGAGGGGCAAGCAUCUAUCCUUAUUUCCCCAUAGGUCAAGGGCAGGGGUACCCUCAGGUCCAAUACCCACAGUUUGUGCAGUACUCAGCAGUGAGUGGUGGAGUGACCACUGCCUACCCCAACCAAUAUGGAGGAGGCACACUGUCCAUUGGGACACCACCUACUCCCCCAACAGGCAUGACCAUGGCUCUCCCAGGUGCACCAGCAGCUCUCCCUCCUCCAACCCCUCACCCCUAUCGCCUCCACUCAGUCCUCCCCACUCCGCUUUCUCACUCUACAAUUCCUGAACAACCCUCAGCAUAAGUCUCUCUCUCUCUCUCUUUCUCUCUCUCUCUCUCUCUUAGCUAGGAAGCACUUUUGGGCACCAUGGCCCUUAGCACUCUCCUACAUGCUCCAUACUUAGCCUCAAAAGGCUAAAUUCUCUCUCUACUUCUCAUGAGUCCUUCUCACUUGUUUAGCCUUGGAUAGGCUAAAACUUCCACCUCCAAAUUUGUCUAUGCUUUGCCCAGUGGUUCACCAAAUUUAGCCCCACAUGGCUAAAUUAUUGUUAUAAAAAAAAUAUCACCCUCUAACCUGAGGUUGAGUGACUCUAGGGCAUAAACCCUAAUUCACCUCCUCCAACUUUAGGCCCAUAGGGGCUGAACCCAUCUCCAAACAUGGGAAACAUUCUCUAAAUUUAGCCCUAGAAAGGCUAAAACCCUCACUCCAACUCUUGCCACAAGGGUGGCACAAUUUGACAACCUCACCCAGUGUAAACUUGUGUAAACCCUAGGGAAAGGGAAGCAUUCCACUAACACUUGUUAUUCUUUUUGUUGUUUGGCUCUUGAAUUUGAGGCUAAAUAUUGGGAUUUAGCCUCAUUAGACAGAUGUGGGGUAAAUUUGAUGUCUUUUUUUUUGGGACUCAUUUUUACUAUCUGUCUCACUAACUUUAGGGGAGGCCUCCAAUAAGUUAUUGGAGUCCACUAGGAUUGGUACUGGUACUAUUCUUUUCUUCUUUUUUCUUUUAUUUGUUUCUCUAUUUAGGGAACCCCCCAAACAUGGGAGUAAUCCAAGGGAGAGAUUUUUGGUCUCUGGGUUAGCUUCCCCUAACCCACCCCCCAACCAUGGUUAGAAGUAGGCCAGGACCCAUGUCACAGAUUGUUGUCUUUCUUACCAGUAAGUCACACGUGAGAUGCACUUCAAGAGAAGUACCUAAAAGAGAAAUAUCUAUUUGGACAUUGUGCACAGUGUGGUCCGCCGGGACACGCUAUACGCACCCUUAAUGCUUUAUGUUAUAGUAGAGAUGUAGCAUGUGUUAAGAGGACUUGAUACUAUGGUGACUCCUAUGUUGAUGUUAUUUACUGAAUAAUUUGAACCUUGUACUUUAAUUUGGUAUUAAGCCGAUCCCAAAUGGUUGGGAUGAGGCUUGAAUGAUGAUGAUUUUAAUUUAUUAUUAAUUAGUGUUUGGAUAUUAAUAACUGAUUAUAGCUCUAUCUAUGAUGGGAAGUUUUUUUUA